GAACGCCCAACGUGUCAGUCGGCGCUGAAGAAGAUCUCCAGUAACGCCUUGCAGUGGACCGGUUUGAUCAGACUACUAUAACACACCGCCGCUUACCUUUUAAUCCCCGGCAAUGGAUAACAUUAAAGACGGGUGGUUCACCGAAACAUGCACAUUGUGGCCUGGUCAAGCGAUGAGUCUUCAAGUAGAGGAGGUGUUGUAUAAUAAAAAAUCGAAGUUCCAGGAUGUAAUGGUUUUUAAAAGUAAAACUUAUGGAAAUGUGCUGGUUUUGGAUGGAGUCAUCCAAUGCACAGAACGAGAUGAAUUUUCUUAUCAAGAAAUGAUUGCCAAUCUACCUCUCUGCUGCCACCCUUGCCCAAAGAAGGUUCUCAUCAUUGGUGGAGGAGACGGUGGUGUCCUGAGGGAGGUUGUCAAGCAUCCGCUGGUGGAGUCUGUUGUUCAGUGUGAAAUUGAUGAGGAUGUAAUAAAUGUUUCCAAGAAGUACCUCCCUGGAAUGGCAAAAGGCUUCUUCAGCCCCAAACUUACUCUGCAUGUUGGUGAUGGCUUUGAAUUUAUGAAAAAGAAUCAGGAUGCCUUUGAUGUCAUCAUCACAGACUCCUCAGACCCUGUCGGUCCGGCUGAAAGCUUGUUCAAAGAGUCUUACUACCAGCUCAUGAAAACGGCACUUUGUGAGGGAGGAAUUCUCUGUUGUCAAGGAGAGUGUCAGUGGUUGCAUUUGGAGCUAAUCAAAGAAAUGCAGACCUUCUGUAAGACCCUCUUUCCUGUAGUAGACUAUGCAUACUGCACCAUUCCAACAUAUCCAAGUGGACAAAUCGGCUUCAUGCUUUGCAGUAAAAAUCCGAAAACAAAUUUCCGUGAGCCAGUACGAGAACUACCAAGAGAUGAGAUCGAGAGCAUGAACCUCAAAUAUUACAAUCCUGAAAUCCACCGUGCGGCAUUCAUCCUCCCAGAAUUUGCCCGAAAGGUACUAAGUGAAGCGUAAAUAGCUUCGUGGGUGCCAUCUUGUCAACACGCUGCCUUCUGUGAAAGCAGAACAAAACCCUCACCACAGCUACAGUAGCUCCCACACCGCAUCCCUCUCCAUCAAUGGACUGCUAAUGGACAAGUGCAAAUACCUUCUGUGGGGAAAUUCUGUCUGUCUGUCCAGUGUCAGCAUGUUCUGUGACCGAUUCCACAGUCUUUCUCUUACUCGUAUUGAGUAUAAAAAAAAAGUGUGCAACGUUCCACUACAACUGUCUUAUUUGCCGUUAAUAAAUAAGCAUGCAGCUAUUUUAAAUGAACUGCAUAUCCUCUCUGUAAACCCUUUCGAAGACUUGAGGUCAGUAACUAUAAUAGAUUUUCUUAUCAUGCUGUAUUAAGGUUUCAUAUUAUGGAUCACUUAAUCAACAGUACACUACUGUCAAACCUAAACCUAUUUAGAAUUGCUAUAAUUUCUAAAACUACUACUCUGAAGUCAGUACAGAAGAUGCUUAACGUAACUAGCAAAACUGGAAGCUAUUUUCUGUAGUUAAGAUUAUCUAACAUUUAAAUGGUUUGUGUUUUCCUUCAUCGCUUGUUAAGGUGGCAUAUGGGCUCUCUGUGAGUGACUUGUGUGCUCUGGCUCUCCUGAACAAGUCUGAUGAGGCCUACAUGAUGUGAUUUUUUUUUUUUUUUUUUUUUUUUUUUUUUUUUUUUUUUUUUUUUUUUUGUAGUAGAGCAAAUAGUGUUUGGUAUGCAGCCUUUUUGAGUGAUAUGCUAUAGUGUAUUGCAAACGUAUGCUUAUGGUCAAUGGACUCUGUAUGAUGGAACGAUUUUGCGGUGUCUUUUAACAUUAGAAUUACUGGAAGUCUCAAACAUUGAGACAUUGUCUUAAUAUUGAAUAUAAUCAUGGAGGUAUACUUUACGACGGAAUAACAGUGUGUGUGUGUAUUUG